AUGCUUGCGACAACUGAUUGCUCAGCAUAUAGCUGGGUCCGAAAACUACAAACUUCCCAAAAGAUAACUAUUAUAGGAAAUGAAAAUUUUAAUAAGUUACCGAAUGAAACGGAAAGGAUUCUUGUUGACAAAAAAGUAAUAUUAGUUUUAUUACCGAAUGAUGAAUAUAAUAAUGCGGAUGUUACCAGAUUAGAAGUUGAGCUUAAACAAAUUGAUCAUGAAAAUGUGCUGAAAGUAUUCGGUCUUACAUUCGAAAACAUGAAUUAUUAUAUCGUACGUGAAUAUGCAAAUAAUGGGAACUUGCGUGAUUUUCUCAGGAAAAAGCAUUCAUCAAAUGAUUCACUCUUGUGGAGCGAAAAGCUAACACUGGCAUAUCAGGUGGCAAAAGGUUUGAAGUUUCUUCAUGAUAUUGGAAUUGUUCACCCAGAACUGCACCCAAUGAAUAUAUUGAUGCAUAAUUUAACUCCAAAAAUAACCAAUAUCGGAAUAUCUAGAUUUCGUACUUCUAAAAGUCUUCCGUUUACUCCGUACAGUCCUCCGCAACAUUUGAGCAAAUGCAAAACAAAUGAUAAAACAAAGUCAAAUAUUUACAGCUAUGGUAUUUUAAUGUGGGAAAUAUCCAAUAAUGAAGAAUUACAAAAUAUAUCUUGUGACCUUGUAUACUAUAAUAUAAUUGAUGAUGAUGCUUCCAUGGAUAUCGGUUUACCUGUCAAUACUAGUGAAAGUGUUAUCAUUAAAGAUUGUGUUUUAGAUUUCAAUGAGCUUGAAAAUCAAAUUGGUUGUUGGUAUAACACUCUUAAAGAUAACCCUGUCAAUUGGAGACCAAUCUAUAAAGUGGACCUUGAUAAUAGCGAUUAUUAUAUUGUUUUUAAUGGAGAAAAUUCACUGACUCAGGACAAUCAGUCUAAAUUAAUCAUUGAAUUUCCAAAACCACUAAGUGAUAAUAAUUAUCAGAUUUUUGGAAAUGUUGUAAAGAGAAAUAAUUAUAAAUCUUGGAAGAGAGUUCAAGAAGUAAUCGUUACAUUUGAUCAUAUUGACCAACACAGAUGUGUUUCACACAUUCAUAAAAGUGAUAAUAUAAGACUAAAUAAAGAUACAACAAAAAUAUUGUGGUUUGUGCUUGCUAAAUCAGAAGGACACAAUGAAAAUGAUUACAAAAACAUCAAAAGUUCCUAUGGAAGGCUUGAGAUAAGUAGUAUUCCAGCUGACAUUUAUUUGAAGACUGAAGGAAUUUAUACAGAUUCUGUUCUUGUAACUUCAUUUACGACUAAGUCACAAAAUCACAUUUCACUUUACAAUAUUAACGUCAAACGUUUGUUCGGCAAUACAGUUGUAUUAAAAAUAAAAGACCUCAUUAAAAACAGUUUAGUGCAAAAUCUUCAUGAGAAAAUAAUUAUACAUUGGUGCAUGAUUGAUACAAAUGGAAAGAAUUUAGUAGAUGAUAAUAACGAAGUAUGCCCAUGGAAUUUAUAUGGAAUUACAUUUAAUGAAAAAUUAGGAAAAGUAGAAAUUACGCCAAUAUAUUAUGGACCAAGUGACUUAUCCAUAACAUUGGAAAAGGCAAUUGAACAAUAUUAUAAACAAAACAACGAUACUCGAAAGACAUUUAUUAGAUCCAAAGAUGAGAAAAAUCCUACAGCAAUAAAAUUCACUGGAUACAUUAAAGCUGCUGAAAUACGUUGUGAAGAAGUCGAAAAUAAUACUCAGGAAAUAAUAAGAUAUUAUGGAGAAUCUGCUGAUUGCGAAGAUUCAAACCGAAAAUUAACUUAUAAUACUCUUGAAGAAGUAGAAAAGUAUUUUGGGUCUUUUAUAAAUGUUCAAAAUUGGAUUAUUUUGGGUGCGCUUUUAUAUUGUGAUGAAGAUUUUAAAAAUUUUAAUGCUGAAAAUGUAAAGACGUGGUCCAUACAGAUACCUAUAAGAAAACCACUAGAAACUAAGGAGCCUAAGGAGCCACCUGGUAGAAGGGACAGGACCAAAGAAAUUGCGUCGAACAAUGAUUUUGCAUUGAAAAUCCCCUAUUCUGUCUCAUAUUUUUCGCUUAGGGAAUUUCAGGAUAACGACAAUGUUAUCCCUGAAAUCGUCCCUUCUCACUCAAUUGAUGAGAUUUUAAAUUACAAUGGUUGUAACUAUAUUCAAUCUCUGAACUCCCUAGUAGAUGAGAUAAAAAUCACCAUUUUUAGGUUUAUACAAUUUCCAAAAAAUUUGUCAUUAACAUGUAAAUGUUGGAAUAACAUUACCAAUGACUCACAGGCAAGAGCAGAAUGGAUCCUUUACCAAUUUGGAUGCGCUCAUUCGCUUUUUCAUGCGGUUCGACUUGGUCCAAGUUUUAUAACCGUUUCUGUUGUCCAAUCUAUACUCGCUAAGGGUGGUAUAUUCUCACGUUAUUUUGUACAAAGACUGUGUAUGCAUUUUGGUCGUUAUGAUAAUAAACUUAUCGAAUUUAAAAUAAAACACAUGAGUCAAGCUGAUGCGGAACGAAUUCAGCGUCUUCAACAACAAAAUAAUGUUCCUUGGGGAAGCGAUUUACCUAUUCCAGUCAAUGGACGCCUCUCCGAAUUCAUUGAACUUGGAUUUAAAUUGUCUUACAGUCUUAUCUGUGACAUUUUCCAAUUAUUUGAACAAAGAUUAGAUGAUGUUGGGGAAAUUUUACUUGCCUCAUUUAUAUCUCUCAAACAAGAUCCUCAUGAGUGCUUUUUUAAGAAUUGUGUAACAGAGGCAAUCAAGCCAGAACGAAAUCUUAAAAAAACAAACUUGUUGGACUUUUUAUAUCGUAAAAUGAAUGAAAAUCAGGAACAGCUGUUCUUAAACGCAAUGAAAUUUUAUGGAUUAGAUAAUUAUUUGAUUGAUUAUGAUAAACUUGAAACAUACGCUUCUUCCAUAAGGGUUCUUACUUUAUCUUCUACUUAUUAUCACUGGGCUCUUAUGACAUUUAAAGUCGAUUCCCCCAUAACAUCUCUUUGUUUUAACGACAUUUUACAAACAAGAAUUAGUAUUGACAUCAGACGUCAAAAUUCAAACAUGACAUUUAAUAGAACAAUCCAAUGCGAAAUUGAAAUAGCAUGCAAUGUCUAUAACAUUUAUUGCAAUGCUGGAAAUUUUUUCCUACCCAAUUAUAUGGAAUUGAUUUGUCAUGCAUCAGAGAUUGAAAUACUUGGUCCAUUAUUUGAAGGUUAUUUACCUGAAUUGUACAAUCUUCCGGUCACUUUUCCGUUCCCAUUACCAAUAGCUGAAGAUGGAGGGGCUAUUCAACCUUUACCACCAAUUGUUGAAGAUCCAAAUAAUCCUCCAAACUUCACUAAAAAAAAUGCAAAAAAGACUCAUCUGAUACAAUUAAUUCGAGAUUGGUCCGUUGAAUUUGAUAAGAUAAAUCGUGAAAUCGAAUCAAAUAGAAAUGAAUUCACUAGGAAUUUUAAAGAUUAUUUUCAA